AUGUGUGGUAUCUUUGGUUAUUGUAACUUUCUCUGCGAAAAGUCUCGUCGUGAAGUCUGUGAUACUCUCUUGAACGGUCUUUCUCGUUUGGAAUACAGAGGCUACGACUCUGCUGGUUUCGCUGUUGAUGGUGAUAACGAAGAUAUCCUCAUCAUGAAGCAAGUCGGUAAGGUCGCUGCUUUGAGAAAGCUCGUUGACGAGCAGCAACUUGACUUUAGCAAGCCUUGCAUCAGUCAAUGCGGUAUGGCACACACCCGUUGGGCUACUCACGGUCAACCCUCUCAAAUCAACUCUCAUCCUCAACGCUCUGAUGAAAAGAACGAAUUUGCUCUUGUCCACAAUGGUAUCAUCACCAACUACAAGGAAAUCAAGCUUUUGCUCGAAAAGAAGGGUUACGUCUUUGAGAGUGAUACCGAUACUGAGUGUGUUGCCAAGUUGACAAAGUACGUCUACGACUCUCACAACAAGGACAUGAGCUUCACCGAGUUGGUCAAGGCUGUCGUCAAGGAGUUGGAGGGCUCGUACGCCUUCAUUUUCAAGUCUACUCACUUCCCCAACGAGAUUGUUGCCACCCGCCGUGGUUCUCCUCUCUUGAUUGGUGUCAAGACUGCCAAGAAGCUCAAGGUUGACUUUGUCGAUGUCGAGUUUGGUGGUAACAAUGCCGCCGGUACCGAUAGCAGCUUCGCUCCUGUUGAAGGUCAAGACAUGUCUCGUCCUGCCUUGAACCGCUCUCAAUCCAGAGCCUUCUUAAGUGAAGAUGGUAUGCCUCAACCCAUUGAAUAUUUCUUGGCUUCUGAUGCCUCUGCUAUCGUUGAGCACACCAAGCGUGUCUUGUAUUUGGAAGAUGAUGAUAUUGCUCAUAUCGCUGACGGUGAGCUCCACAUCCAUCGUGUCCGUCGCUCCAAGGAAGACAACACUCCCGCCACUCGUUCCAUCCAGACCUUGGAAAUUGAAUUGGCUGAAAUCAUGAAGGGCUCAUUCGACCACUUUAUGCAAAAGGAGAUCUACGAACAGCCCGAGUCUGUCGUCAACACCAUGCGUGGUCGUGUCAACUUUGAGAAUCACGAAGUUACCUUGGGUGGUCUCCGUGGCUUCACUCACAUCAUUCGUCGUGCUCGUCGUAUCAUCUUCAUUGCUUGCGGUACCUCUUAUCACUCUUGUCUGGCCACUCGCUCCAUCUUUGAGGAAUUGAACCAAAUCGGUACUCAAGCGGAACUCGCUUCUGAUUUCUUGGACAGAGCUUCUCCCAUCUUCCGUGAUGAUGUCUGUGUCUUUGUCUCUCAAUCUGGUGAAACCGCUGAUACCAUCUUGGCUAUGCGUUACUGUUUGGAACGUGGUGCUCUCUGUGUCGGUGUCACCAACACGGUCGGUUCCUCCAUCUCUCGUGAAACUCACUGUGGUGUCCACAUCAACGCUGGUCCUGAAAUUGGUGUUGCUUCUACCAAGGCCUAUACCUCUCAAUACAUUGCUUUGGUCAUGAUGGCUCUCCAACUCGCUGAAGACACUACCUCCACAAAGCAAAGACGCGAAGAAAUCAUUGACGGUCUCUACCGCUUGCCUGGUCACAUUAAGGAAGUAUUGGCUAUUGAUGGUAAGCUCCAACAGCUCGCUGUGGACCAAUUGGCUCAUGAAAAGAGUUUGUUGAUUUUGGGUCGUGGUUAUCAAAAUGCUACCUGUCUUGAGGGUGCUUUGAAGAUCAAGGAAAUCUCUUAUAUUCACAGUGAGGGUAUCUUGGCUGGUGAACUCAAGCACGGUCCUUUGGCUUUGAUUGACGAACACAUGCCUGUCAUCUUGCUCAUGACUCAAGACAGCCUCUACCCCAAGGUACAAUCUGCUCUCCAACAAGUUGCUGCUCGUAAGGGUACUCCCAUCAUCAUCUGUAACACUGGCGAUCAGAACUUGGUCAACUCUCACAAGACAAUCGAAGUCCCCAAGACCAGCGACUGUUUGCAAGGCUUGAUCAACAUUAUCCCUCUUCAAUUGCUCUCUUAUCAUCUUGCCAUUUUGAAGGGUGUUGAUGUCGAUUUCCCUAGAAAUCUCGCCAAGUCUGUCACCGUCGAGUAA